AUGCUCUCACGGCACCGCGAAUGCUCUCACGGCACCACGAAUGCUCCCGCGAAUGCUCCCGCGAAUGCUCCCGCGAAUGCUCCCGCGAAUGCUCCCGCGAAUGCUCCCGCGAAUGCUCCCGCGAAUGCUCCCGCGAAAGCUCCCGCGAACGCUCCCGUGAACGCUCCCACGAACGCUCCCGCGAGGGCUUCCGCGAGUGCUCCCAGAGCACUCACCAAUGCUCACAGAGCUGAGGCAUUCGUCAUACCCACUCAAGGUGAGGCAACCCUCAUUUGGGCUUCUUUGGAUUGA